UGGGGAUAAAGUGGGGAACAGCUGACAACUGACAAACUAAACAUUACGGACAUCUUGCAAAUCGCAGCAGGCGUCGAGUUUUCUCCAUUGUUUUUACUAUGACAGAAACGUAAUAAGUGGGUGUCAUCUAGCUAUAUGUGACCAGUCCGGGGUUGUUUUUCUUUUGUUUGUUUCACAGUGUACUGUCAUUUUCCCGUAUAAUCUCAAACUGGUGCGUGACGUCAUGUGAUUGCGUUUUCAUGGAGUGCUAGAUUAAGAUGGAAAGUCACUAAACGCAAAAAUGAAUUACUUAACAAUGAAUAACGUUUACGUCAAACCUCAUACGAAUUUUUUACCCGAGGCAGCGCCUCACACUUUUUACAACCAAGUUACCGAAAACAAUAAUCAAAUCACGACCAACGGCGAUAAAACGAUUGAAGAAGUGUGGUCGAAAUAUAAAUUCGACACGAGUAACAUUACCGCGAGCGUUGGUAAUUACAAUAAAACAUGGGCGACUCAUGAGGACCUUCCGUGUGAAGAGAAAGAAGAAGAAGUGAAAGUUGAAGAUGAACCGGAAGAGGAAGAACCGAAAGAAAAAGAAGAGGAAGUGGCCACGUCGCCGUCCCACCACGCGAGACGACCCAUGAACGCCUUCUUGAUUUUUUGUAAAAAGCACCGACCCAUCGUCAGGGAACGAUUCCCGAAUUUGGAAAAUCGAGGAGUUACUAGGAUUCUCGGGGAGUGGUGGGCACUGCUAGAUAGCGACGAUAAGGCCCCCUACACAGGCCUAGCCAAAGAGUACAAAGAUGCGUUUUUGACCGCCAAUCCGGACUUUAAAUGGUACAAACUUCCGGCUCCGCCGCUCCGGACGUUGAAUGUUCGGCCUUCGGUUCACAAAGUCCAAUCGCCGGUUUCUAGUCCACAACACGUGACCGAGUCCGAAUUUACUCCCGGAAAACUAGCCGACGAGUCGCAAUUGGGGAGUCUAACGUCGUUGAUGAACAAUUUUACGCCGAAUGUCAAAUCAAACGAGAAUAAUAACAAUAAUAUUGAGAAAAAUGGUGAUCACGAUUACGAGGAUGCGCCAAAAAGCCCAGUCAAUUUUAUUAAAACUGCUCUACCUCUUAAACCUUUCAAGAAACGGACGUUUGAGAAAUGUACUGACAAUAAGAACGUCGUCCGGAAUAUCGAAAACGACAUAUCGGAUGGACAGGAUGGGAACAUGACAAACCAGGAUCUGAUGGACAAGGUGGUCGACAAGAUUUUCACCAAACCGGAGGAUUUCGACAGAAAAGAGGUUCGAAAGUCCGGCCGCCAAUGCAAGGGUAAACGCUACGAGAAGUUCAUGGUAGAGGGCCGCCUUUUGGGCAACAAACGGGACGUCAAACUCAGUUUCCAGCGCAGCUCGAUCGAGAACGAGUUCACCUUUAAGCUGGACAAACCGGAACCGGAAACACCAAACCUAGAUCACACCAUCAAACGUCUAGCUGAGCGGACCAACAUGCGAAGCGUCCUCGAACCGUCGAACCAAAAGAGCGAAGGUCGCGUUCGCACCACCUCCGAAAACCACGAAACGAAGUUUAACCUUAACCAACGUAUCAGCAAUUUGCCGAGUCUGAGUUACGACGUGUUCCACCAGAGGAAAAAGGACAGCAAAAAGCGUAAGAAUCGGAUAAGGACCGACAGCGAGUCCAAGAGCAAAGUGGCCAAAGUGGUAAAAGAGGAGCCGCCCGUGGGGUCGAAGAAGCGGAAAAACAAACAGAGUAUCACGCACUUGAAGGAGGAGUCCGUUGGGGGCGAUUUGUUGGCGUUGACGACGUUGGCGGAGGUGGCGGCCAACACUGAGAAGAUUAAUUCGGAGCCGGCGGUUUUGAAGGCUUAAGAAUUUGAUUUUCGCAAUAAUUAUGGCUAUUCCAUAUACUUUAUCGGGUAUUUUAGAUGCAUGUGCCUCUAACGUAAUUCAAAAUGUAAACAGAAAGUCACAUUUCUAUUCGGCGAGCAUUUUCAAAAGCCUUAUUUCCAAGUAUUAGAAUUGUGAUAACUGUGUAUUUUUUGAAGGCUACCUAUGUUAAGUUUUUUUUUUUGUAAUAUAGUCGUUAUGUUUGUUGUUAUGUGUUAGCCAUUUUCUAAUCAUUUAGAACCAAAAUCGUUAUCACGUUAUAAUUUUAUUUAGUAUGUUUAUGUUAUUCGUAGAUUUUAAUAAGCGCAAUAAUUUUAAAGAGAUUUCAUGUUAUGUUGUAUGAUCUGACCGUUAGAUCUUUGUUUUUUUUUGAGUUAGAGAUUAUUAUCUUGCACUAAUAUUCAUUCUAGUUGUAAGAAAUAAUACUUCCUUAGUCAUUUUGUACAAUUAUGAACUAGUCUCAAAUUUCAGCGUCAGUAUUCGAUUGUUUUUUUCUCAAUUUUUUCAGUUCAUAAUUGUCCAACUAAAGCGACCAAAUAUAAUAUUUUAACAAUCUAAGCCUUAUAGAUGUAGUUUUUAAGAUGAAAAACAAAUUAUCCACGUUUUAUCAUUUAUGAAUAAAUUUUAUAAAAAAAUUACCACGUGAUUGACCAAUUGUUAAUCGAUUUUUGUUUCUUAUCAAAUUAUGGAAUUGUAAGGUACAACAGACGUGAUGCUUGGAAUGUGAUACUUUAUUUUUCUAUCAAGAAAUGGACAGGGAUAUAAAGAUUUAUUUAUAUGAUUGUAGAGAUUGUGCCUUUUUAUUUAUUUAUAAAUAUUUAAAAUUUAUGCCUUUAGAAAGGUAAUCAAAUAUGUAUCGAUUUUAAUAAAGUUUAUUACGUAACAUCAAA